GCGGCGCAUGCGCCGUGCGGCGCUGAGGCGGGAGCGCGACCCGGUGGGGUGAGGAGGAGCGGCCCGGGCCCGCCUUCUUCCUCCAGCAUCCCGGUUGGCAGCGAGGCCUGCGCCGGGCCCGAUCCGCCGGGCGCGAGGGGCGCGGAGCCAUGGCGCAGCGGCGAGCGGCGGCGGCGGAGAGCGCCCGGCAGCAGCGGCUUCUGGAAGGAAAAGCUCAGGCAGAAGGUGGAUCAGCUCGAACGUCUCUUCUUAUUUUGGUGUCCGUCUUCACAAUAGCUGCUUUCCUUAUGUUUCUGGUAUAUAAAAAUUUCCCACAACUUAAUGAAGAAGAAGGAAAAUGUAUAAAGAUUCCAAGAGAUAUGGAUGAUGCAAAGGCCUUGGGAAAAGUCCUGUCCAAAUACAAGGACACAUUUUAUGUUCAAGUAUUAGUGGCUUAUUUUGCCACGUAUGUUUUCUUGCAAACGUUUGCUAUUCCUGGCUCUAUAUUUCUUAGUAUCCUGUCAGGGUUUCUUUAUCCCUUUCCACUGGCCUUAUUUCUUGUUUGUCUGUGCUCGGGACUUGGAGCUUCGUUCUGCUAUAUGCUUUCAUACUUAGUGGGACGACCUGUUGUAUACAAAUACUUAACGGAAAAAGCAGUGAAGUGGUCAGAACAGGUUGAGCGUCACAGAGAACACCUCAUUAACUACAUAAUAUUUUUGAGAAUAACACCAUUUCUUCCUAAUUGGUUUAUCAAUAUAACAUCUCCUGUAAUAAAUGUGCCAUUAAAAGUAUUUUUCAUUGGCACUUUUCUAGGUGUGGCACCGCCAUCUUUUGUAGCCAUUAAGGCAGGAACAACACUAUACCAACUUACAACAGCAGGGGAAGCUGUUUCCUGGAACUCUCUUUUUGUUCUCAUGAUUCUAGCUAUCCUCUCCAUCCUACCAGCUCUCUUCCAGAAGAAACUGAAACAGAAGUUUGAAUAAUGAUCAAACUGGACCCAAAUUUCUCAUAUUUCAUCUCAGGAUUGGCACUUCUGAUAUUUGUAUAUUUGCUUUUCUGUUGGCUCAUAAGCAUUUUAAAGGGAAGUUUGUGAUGGUAGGAAUGUCUUUAAAUGAACGCAUGGCCUGGGAGAACUAUGUUCAGAAAUGUACUGCGGACAGUUUUAAACCAAACCGCCAGUGUUUUGCUUUGGGGAGUGAGGGUGGUGUGUGUGUCCCUCAGGAAGAGGGAAGUGAAAACAGAUGUUUUGCUCUGAUAAUAUGCAGAGCAGAAGUUGUAAUGUAGACAUGAGCUACAGACUGCUUUCCAAAACUUGCAAGAAGGGGAAAAAAAAAAAUCCUUAAUGAUCUGGUCAGAUUUUGUAACGUUCUCAGCAUCUCUGUAGCCUUAAGUGUGAUCUGAUCUGAGCACCCUUCUCAUCAACGAUAUUUUUUUUCCUUCUGGAGUUCCAAAAUAAUAGCAUAAUAUAAUAACGGUGCUCGCUCAAACUUUUCUAUCUAGUCAUUUAACUACAAUAACACAUUCAUCCCGAUUGUUUACUUCUAUUAGUGCUAUAUGGAUUUAAAUACUUGAACCUACAUCUGCUUGACUAACUGGAUUAACAAAGGCAGAGUAUCAGAUCAUUCUGUCUCAUAUUCUAAACUUGUUUGCUGGGAGAACAUGUAAGAGAGCAGGCUAGAAUUCUUACUGUGCCCAGCUGAUCUUGAAGUUCUAAUACAACUUUUUAAAUGUUCAUCUUGCCAAUAUUUCACUUGCAUACAUUUAUCCUGCAAAUUCAAUAAAAUGAUCAUAUUUAUAUAAAACUUUAAUUUCAAGUGAAUUAAGAAUGUAUAACUUGAGUAUGCUACUAACAUUUCUCAAGCGUUAUACAAAUAAUAUACAAUUUUUCAUUGUAGCUCACUUGGUACGUAAAUUGGUGCAGUUCUUGUAAAAUAGCUGGUUCCAAAUACUGUUCAAAGCAUCGAGUGACAGAAGAUGGUGAACAUACAUAAAAUUAAAAGGAUGAUUCCAUUUUCUGGAAAGUCAGUAACUGGCGAUGGACAACCAGCUACAAUUCGUCUUUAAAAAUAUGCAUAUGUAUUCACUAAAUAAGGUAUGUGAUACCUCGCCUUGUAUGGUUAUAGCUGUUGUAGUCUGUUGUAUUGUCAGUGGAAGCCUGUAAAUGAGGCCCUGAUCAGCAAGGAACUUGGGUGCGUGUUUAAGUUUAUCCUACUGAAACCAGUGCUGCUUAUAGGCUUUAAGUUUCUGCCCCUGAAGUACCUUGCUGAAACUCGAGUUGGCAUGUUAGCAUACGCUCCAGUUCAAGGAUUUGCUUGUCUAUAUCCUCAUGUUAACUCAUACAACAGAUCAUUUGAGAUGUAAGAGAAUAGUUCCGUAAUGCGAUUAUGUGAAAGGUACUGGUACCUUUUUAAAGAAUUUUGUUCUUUUUGUAACAUAAUGUUGAUUGACUCCAUUUUAUUGCAGUAUUACAUGUAAAUAUAUAGUAAAUACUGAUGAACUAUUUCUGUCUUUAUUUAAAUCUGGGUUUUAUAUAGGUAAAAACUCGUUUAACUUCUGUUUACAAAUCUGUUGUAAGCAUUUAGUUUCAGGAAUCGUUUUCUUAUUUAGGAUUUACUCUAGAAGUAUACUUUAUUGUCAUUUCAAACUUAACAACGAUUUUUUUUAAAUUGCUGUGAUUCUAAUCUCAGAGCAAUCUACCUAGAGGAUUUAUUCCAUAAUACAUAUUAGCUGUUGUGAGCCAAGUGCCCGCUGGACUACUGAGUGUGAAAUAGCUAUAGAUUUACAGCCCGUUCAUCUGCAUAGUUAAUUUUUCAUGCAGCUUAACUCAGAAUAAAUUAGAUGCUGCCCAGUGGCUUUUCGGAAAUUGCCUCAAUUUUUGUCAGUAGCAGAUGCUGUUGUAGAAUUCCUUCAACACUAUAUAAAAAUAACGUUUUGAUGGAGCCUUGACACUAAAGAAGGAAUGAACUUUUUUUCGUAUGAAUCAUGCUAUCGCUUGACACUUCUAUUGAGUUAUGUUUCACUGUAGAUGGGAUCAGGCUACAAUACUGAAAAACCUGUUUUGAUUGUAGGCUAAGUUCCCAACACAGUGGCUAAAAGCCUUUAAACCUUAAAAAGGAUGAAAAUAAGGUUAUUUACAUUUGUAAAACCUUAGCUUUUUUUUUUUUUUUUAAACCUACCCCUUCCAUGUUUACCUUCAGCUUCCAGUGGCCUCAGGCAAUUCCCUAUCCAAUGAGGACUACUGAAGUAGUUGUGAAAAGGGCAAAGAAGUGCUGUGUUGUGGAAUAAGGUACCAGCCUGGUCUUUGUGGAAUCCAGCCAGUAGUCUGAGAGAUAGCCAUAGCAUCUGCCAUGAAGCAAACUGGCAAAUCGGGAAGGUAUAGUUGAGUUAAACUACGAACAAAUUUGAGGUGACCUGACUUUGACCUGUUUAUCUUCUGGAUUUUUUUGUAAACUAUACCUGCAUGACAUCCUUACUAAAUGCCUCUCACCAUUUGAUAAUAAAGCUAUUAUAUUAAAUUUGAAAUACUGUAUUUUUUGAGUAUGAUGAAAUAUGCUGAACUUUCCACUAAUCUUAAUUUUUAAUUAACCUAUUUAAAAGGGGUGAGUUGUUUUGAAGUGAUAUUUUUUUAAUGACUUAAAAAAUUAAACUGAACUGAUGAUCA